UUACUAAGCUCAGUUGGUGCUUACUGCGUUAAUGGACGGACUCUCCUGAAUGAGAGCUUUCGCGUAUUCCAACAGGAUACUCUUUGGUUGCCGUAAUCGCGGCGGCGGCACCGGCAGCGAGGGUCAUCGCCACAAAGUAUAGAGGGUCACGCGUGAUCGUCUUUAUAAUCACGCCGGUGAAAUCAGCAGGGAAACGAUAUUCUUGGGCGAUGGCGAGCCUCAUUAAUUCGACAACACAAUUUUGUAACGAUGCGUACGACUAUUACCUCUGGACUCUGUCCCUCGCAGAUGAAAGAUCAAGGGGGUGGUUAUUGGUUGACUCGCCGAAACCGACAUUAAUAUACACAAUGCUGUACCUCUUUAUCGUCUGGAUGGGUCCUAAGGUCAUGAAGAAACGGAAAGCUUUCAAAUUAACGUGGGCUUUGGUACCCUACAACCUCGCCAUGGCUUGCCUCAAUGCUUAUAUUGCCAUUCAGUUGUUCGUAGCAUCCACAAGGUUACGAUAUAGUUACGUGUGCCAGCCUAUAAGGCACAUCACGCGUCCUGAUGAACUUCAGAUUGCUCACGCGGUUUGGUGGUACUACUUUAGCAAGCUUCUGGAAUUUUGCGAUACAUUCUUCUUCAUUUUGCGAAAGAAGGACAAUCAGUUGAGCUUCCUCCACGUUUAUCAUCACUCUACCAUGUUCUCAUUAUGGUGGAUCGGUAUUAAAUGGGUACCGAGCGGAUCCACUUUCCUGCCAGCAAUGGUGAACAGCUUCAUUCACGUGCUGAUGUACUCGUACUAUGGACUCGCCGCGUUAGGUCCUUCGGUGACCAAGUACCUCUGGUGGAAGAAGUACUUGACGAUCCUCCAGCUCAUCCAGUUCACGACUGCCUUGAUUCUGGGGAUCAAUGGCAUUCGAUCGGGAUGCGACUUCCCUCUCUGGAUGCAGUACGCCCUUGUAAUUUACAUGCUCUCUUUCAUCGUUCUGUUCGGGAACUUCUAUGCCAAAGCCUAUAUCGCAAAGGGUAAACAAGUGUAUGCGGAGAAACGGCUUGAGAGGCUAAGAGCUGCCGAGAAGGCGUCGACGAGUAAGCAACUCGACGGUGCAAUCAGCAAUGGGAAGGUCGCGAAUGGACACACGAAUGGACACGCGAACGGCUACACGAAUGAAAGAUCCAAGAAAAAGACUCAAUGAGGCGGUUCUCCUCAAGGAUAUCCUUAUCGGGAGAUCCAAUCCACGGUACUUGCGACGCACGAUGAUGAAGAAACAAUAGUCACAGACGUUAGUCGGCGUCGAGCAGUGCGUCGUGGACAGAAGUAGUUUAACGAGAAAAAAAAAAAAAAUUAAAUAAAAAUGCAAAAAGGGGCAAGGGGAAUAAAUAAAUGGAUUUUUUGCUUAAAUCCAGCACGUUAUCAGGUUUUGUGCUUUCGCGAGGCGAAAAUUAGCACCGUGAUUCCAAAGUUAUAACGGAUCAGCAAUUGUACAUUCACGGCACCACGCUGAUUCUAGCAACUGUACAUAUUAACGAACAUUCACUGAAGAAGCGGUCUAAUACCGAAUGCGUUUUGUAGCGAUUAGCGCGAUGGGCCUGCAAGGAUGAGAGUUUGCACAUGAAUAAAUUAUGUAUGAAACUGAGGUGGAAAGAUUUACAUAUUGUGCGAGGAUUCAGGUAAAUAUCAAAAUAUCAUCAGAAAAGUAAACAGUCUUUCUUUCAAGGGACAGCCACAUAUAGGGUAGAUAAGUUUUUAGUUUGUGAAAAAUAAAUUUUCUUCUAAAUGUAAGAUUAUUCAGAAAAAUAGUCAUAACGAGAAGGUGCGUAUGUGUGCAUGUUUAGAUAAAAAUAAGUAAACGGACUGUCAGGGAAAGAAAGGGGACGAAAAUGCGAAGAUCUUUUUUUUGGAAGAAUGAACGAUAAAUUUGUAACGAAAAAUUAUUAUGAGAGGAUUGAAAGGAAAUAAAUUAAAAAUAAAAAGUCUUUGAGAAUCAAUACUGGAUAUUGUUGCAAUUAUGACUUAUUGUAUAUAACAAUUAAUGAGACAUUUCGACCCACGAUUAAGAUCCUCUUCAGCAAUUACAUCAGGGAAUGGAAGUAACUCGUUACUUGUAACGAAGUUACAGUUACAAGUUACUUUUU